AUGUAUGCUGAAUUAUAUGCAUUCCCGUCUGUUCUCACGCUAUGCGCCUGCACCCCGCCUCUACCUGAGGUUCUCCACCUCUGGGAUUUCCUUUUCGCAUAUGGACCGCAUUUGAAUAUCCUGUGCAUUGUUGCUCAGUUGAUCAGGCUACGGGAUACGAUUUUGGCAAGUCCCAGUCCAAAUAAAAUUCUACGGUCUCUUCCGGCACUUGAUGCCAAAGAAAUCAUCGCCCUUACUGUCUUAAUCGUGCGAAAGAUUCCUGACAAUCUGUACGAGGAACUUGUUACUCAUGCUCAAUGA